GUACUCCGUACAUGAGAAGGUCAUAGAGGUUAUUAGUGUCAAAAAAAGAGAGCAAGUUACCGUAGAAGAAAUACACCGGCAGUUUAUUUGAAAAUAUUUAAAUAAUUUAAAAAUGGGUGGAAAGUAUAAGAUUGUAAUGAUCCGCCACGGCGAGAGUGAAUGGAACCAAAAAAACCUUUUUUGCGGCUGGUACGACGCUGACCUCAGUGACAAGGGUCGCGAGGAGGCCGUCUCUGCGGGUAAGGCUUUAAAAGCUGAAGGUUACAAGUUCGACGUUGCCCAUACAUCAGUUCUCAAGCGCGCCCAAAUCACUUUGAACAGUAUCCUUCAAGAACUUGGCCAAACUGAUAUUCCAAUAAAUAAGACUUGGCGUCUAAAUGAGAGGCAUUAUGGUGGACUCACUGGGCUAAACAAAGCAGAAACAGCUGCGAAAUAUGGUGAAGCUCAGGUGCAAAUUUGGCGUAGAAGUUUUGAUAUACCUCCACCAGCAAUGGAAAAGGAUCACCCAUACUAUGAUAACAUAGUUAAUGACCCUCGUUACGCUGGCGACCCAAAACCAGAGGAAUUCCCCAUGUUCGAGAGCUUGAAACUCACAAUUGAAAGGACACUUCCCUAUUGGAACAAUGUUAUUGUUCCUCAGAUCAAAGAAGGCAAAAAUAUUAUCAUUGCUGCUCAUGGAAACAGUCUUCGGGGGAUUGUUAAGCAUUUAGAUGAUUUGUCCGAUGCUGCCAUUAUGCAGUUGAAUCUUCCAACGGGUAUUCCUUUUGUAUAUGAGUUGGACGAGAACAUGAAGCCUGUUGACUCUAUGGUAUUUCUCGGCGAUGAAGAAACAGUUAAGAAAGCCAUGGAAGCCGUUGCUGCACAGGGCAAAGCAAAGUAAUCUUAUGCUAUACAAAUACAUAGUAAAAUAUUAAAAUUAAUAAAUGUAAUACUGUUAAAGUAAUUAAAUUAAUGACAAAUACCUAAUGUAUUGUAACUUUUUUAUUUAUUUUUCAAAUUAUAUUAAAAUGCAUUGCAAAAAAUAAUGUAAUGUUUAUGAACUUGAAUUGUGUCUAUUUUAUUUCGUAUGUGUUUAAAUUAAUUUGGAAGAGAGAUAAAUAUAUAAGGAGACAAAUCAUAUUAUAUAUGUUUAGGAAUUUAUAAUUUGAAAUCGAAUCUCUUGGCGUAUAGUUGCAAAAUGUUGAUUUAAUAUUGAAAAAAAAGUGAUGAUAAUUGUAAUAUUAGUCAGGAAUUUAAGUGGUUGGCGAUAUGCCAAGAUGUUUCGCACCUAACUAUAUAAUUUAAAACCUAUUUAUUUUUAGUACCUAAUAAAAAAACAAUAAAACUAUUA